GGGUACUACGGCAGCGACCACCUUCUAAAGAAGGCGGGAGACUUGAAGGAGGGUGAAGGCCCUAGACCAGACGCCCGGAAGAUAGACUCCGGAGAAGCGUCUAACCCCGAUGCAAUCGGCACUGCCUAUAUGGCGCGAGGGAGGUGGUGUCUUUCGGACGCGGCAGUGACCACCUGUCUAAUAAAGACAGAUGACUUGAAUGAAACAGACUCUCCUAGAGGAGAGCAG